CAGCCUAAACUGAAUAGUGAAAUGUCCCCGAAGAAGAAGGUGAAGAGAAAACAUUCUGGUAAAAACUUAAAGCUGGAUGAACUAGCUAUUAAUUUCCUACCCAUCCAGGAGCACAAAGCCAGCGCCCAUCCUCCUCCGAAAUUACUUCCACUUGAGGAACCAGAUGUCUCAAGGAUAUUGAAGGUAGCACAAGGAGAUCAGCAUGAGGAGCUUGAUGAUUCAUUUGAUCACCCUUUGCACAGCACUGCUGUGGAUGCUUAUGGAGAGGAGCAUUCUGAACAUGAGUCACUUGGUCAUGUUUCAACACUGCAAAGGAGAAAUACAGAAAUAAGUGAAAAAACUCAUGGCUCCAAAAUGUCUCAUGGUGAUGUUCAGAAAUCGAGCACAGCUGGUCCUGAAGAUAAACCCCUUAAGGAGAACGUGAAAGCUCAGAAUACUACUCGGUCCCAGGUGAAAAGAAGGCGACCUUCAGAGGAGAACACAUCAGAUCCUUCUGUGGAUAGCCCAUAUUCUGUACAGGUUUGGUGUCCGAAAGAGCUGAAGAGAUCUCCUAGAGAUAUCACAGAACUGGAUGUUGUUUUGACUGAAUUUGAGAAGAUAGCAGCAAAUUACAGACAGAGCACAGAAUCAAACGUUUGCAGGAAAGCUGUCGAUGGCUUCUGCUCUGCUUUCAAGGUCCAAAUCACCGAUCUUGUAACAGAAGUACAGGAAUUAAGGACUAUGAAGAAAAAAAAUGCUAAGCUAAUGAGAGACAUCGAAAAGAAAAGGCAGCGACUGUUCCAACUCAGAGAGGAGCUAAUUGGAGCUGAACCACAAAUGAUACAACUACAAAGAGAAUAUGCUGAGGUGCAGGAAAGGAAAUCUUCCUUAAAGCAAGCAACUGACUUAGUUACUGAUUUAAGGGCACUACAGCAAGACUAUUUGGAUUAUAAAGAAGACAACCCAAAAGCAGAAGUAGUAUAUGGAACUUCCAGCCUCCCUGCUCUUCUGGUGGAGUCACGGAGAGUCCUAAGAGCGGAAAGACACUUUUGGAAUAUUAACAUGAAACUGGAAGAGGCUCUAGCUGUACAAAGAGGGAAGUUAUCAAAGAAAUGUUAA